AGAAUUAGGAGCUAGGGUUGGGUUUAGGGUUAGAGUUAAGGUUAGGUUUUCGGGUUAAGGUUAGGGUUAAUGUUAGGGUUAGGGUACAGGUUAGGGUUAGGUUUAGGGUUAGGGGUUAGGGAAAAUAGGAUUUUGAAUGGGACUGAAUUGUGUGUCCCCACAAGGUUAGUUGUACAAGACCAUGUGUGUGUGUGUGUGUGUGUGUGUGUGUGUGUGUGUGUGAGAAAGAAGCCUUUCUUCCAUGGCCUGCUCCAGCUCCUCUUAAAUUAGCUAUUCUGAUCCUGUGGACCUCUCUACUCCCAGCUGGGCUUAUCUGAGGCCCUCCACAUACUCACACACAGUCUCUGACGUUGACCUGUAGAGGUGAAAGGCGGCAAGUAACGUAAACUCUAAUGCUAACCAGGCUAAUUUGGCCUAACAGGUACAUAUUACUCACCCUAUAAAGUCUGUAAAAGAAUACACUCCUGGUUAUCUGCUCUGACUGUGGGUCCAUCUAGGAAUGUGGCUGGUUCUCCUGCUGGGGUUUAUUUUGGGGUGUAUGGGCAACACAUGGUGAAUGUGAGGCAUGCCCUCUGCCCAAUGUGUGUAUGGGGGGGUGCAGCUGUCUAAUACCCCUCCUCUCACUGCGUUUUCCCACAGUGGCUGGGCGUGUGUGUGUGUGCCAUUGGGGUAAGGGUGGCUUAAUGGAUGUUCUGUGAGGCACCAGACAGGGGACCUACAUUUGAAGAACAAACUGUGUUUGUUUGUGGUUGGUUUGAGAGUCUUAUAUUUGAGAUAUUCUGCUGUUCAGCAUGAAAUGACUCUGCUACAUGUCAUCUGUCCCCUGUUCUUCUUUUCUUUCUUUCUUUCUUUCUUUCUUUCUUUCUUUCUUUCUCUUUCUUUCUUUCUUUUCUUUCUUCUUGCUUUCUUUCCUUUCUUUCUUUCUUUCUUUCUUUCUUUCUUUCUUUCUUUCUUUCUUUCUUUCUUUCUUUCUUUCUUUCUUUCUUCUUUCUUUCUUUCUUUCUUCUUUUUAUUUUAUUUAAAUUUUUUAGGGGGUAGAUCAGCUUUAAUAUUGCAGAUAGAUUGUAACUUCCGUCAAUGUAAUUGUCUGCGUCACUUCCAAUCCCCCAUAUGUAUUUUUUUCUCUCGCAAAUAUAUAUAUAUAUAUAAUAUACUAUAUAUAUAUAUACACAUACAUACAUACAUAACUAUAUAUAUCUAUCUAUAAUAUAUAAUAUAUAUAUAUAUAUAUAUAUAUAUAUACACAUAUACAUAUUUACCUUUUUUACUUUCCAAGCCUCUACUUCCAGCUUAUACAUACUACAUACAUUUUAUGGACAGAGUCAAUUUUACAAUAAUUAUAUUUUGUUUGUUUUUACUCCUGAACUUCCUCUACCCUCAACCUCUCUGAUCAUUUUCAUGAUGUCCAUCCGGUUUGCUUCUAUAUGCCAUAUCUUUCUAACUGUGCUCUUUCACAAAAGCUCUCAACCUAUAACCUAUAUACUUAUUAUGGACACAGUAUGCUUACAUUAUUAGUUAUCUUGUUGUUAUUAGUUGUUGUUAUUAGUCCCAUCCUUCAAUUCCAUUCAACACCUCCCAUCUAUCUCUUAACACCAUCCAUAUUGGAUUUCUAUUUGCCAUAUAUUUUUCAACUGUACUGUGAUGUUUUACAAAAGUUCUGAACCUUUCUAUUCUCGUUGUUUCUACAGAUUGUAAAUUGAAAAUAAACAUUUUUGCUAAAAGUAUUAUUAUAUUAUUGAUCGAUUGACUAUGACUUUUCAGAUCACCCAGUAAUGCUAUCGGCAGGGUUAGCUCCAGGCAAAUAUUGCAAUCCUUUAGCCAUUCCUGGACCUGUGUCCAAAAACAAGCUACAAAUGGACAGUACCAAAACAAAUGAUCUAAUGAUUCUGUCUCUCGCAGCAAAAUUUGCAGAGCUGGGAAGAUUGUAUCCCCCACAUAAAUAACAUUCUAUUGGUAGCAAUAAUUUUAUUUAGUAAUUUUAAUUGAAAAAUGCUAAGUUUUGAAUCCGGUGUCGUUUUGUGUAUCAGUUCAUAAACACUAUGCCAUGGAAUCGGUUUGUCAAAAAUCUCGUCCUAACUAUUUUGCAAUCUAUAUGGGACGGCUGUCAAUCCUUUGGUCCUUCAAUGAAACUGGUACACUUUUUUAUUUAUCACAGUUUUCUUUAACCAAUUAUGUUAUUUAAUGCAAGGCUGACAGACAAGUUCCUUACUUUUUCCCCCUUCCACUUUCCUCUUCCAUUUUUGCGGUAAUGCUGCAAUUAUCUGGUUGUAAUUUUGGGUAGAGUAGACAUUUCCAUAAGUUUUUGUUAGCUGCAUGUGCGACAUAACUCCACCAGUCCUACCGAUGAUAUCAUUUACGAAGAUUAUACCUUUUUUAAACAUUUUGUCAAAAAAAAUGUUUUUUUAUCAAUUAGUAAUUUUGAGUUUAACCACAAUAUUUGUUGCAUUAUUUGUUCUGUCGUUUCUAAAUAGAUAUGCCGAUAGUGGACAACAUUGUUUCACUCCUCUUGACAGUUUAAAACUUUCUGAGAUAUAGCCAUUAUUUACAAUUUUACACCUAGGGUUACUAUACAUGAUUUUAACCCAAUUUAUAAGAGAUUCUCCAAAAUUGAAAUGCUACAGGCAUUUAUAUAUAAACCCCAGUCGUACUUUAUCAAAUGCCUUUUCGGAGUCUGCUAUGAAUAGCAGGCCUGGUUUCCCAGAUUUUUCAUAGUGUUCUGUUUCCAGUACUUGCCUUAUAUUAUCUCCAAUGUAUCGUCCAUGUAAAAAACCUGUCUGAUUAGAAUGAAUAAUGUCAGACAAUACCUUUUUAAUUCUAUGCGCUAUACAUUUUGCUAGAAUUUUUGCAUCACAACACUGAAGUGUAAGGGGCCUCCAAUUUUUUAAAUGGACUGGAUCUUUAUAUUUUCCACUUGUAUCCUGUUUCAGUAAUAAUGAAAUCAGACCUUUUUCUUGAGUGUCUGAUAAUCUACCAUUUGCAUAGGAGUGGUUAAAACAUGCUAAUAUCGGUCCUCUGAGUAUAUCAAAAAAGGUUUGGUAUACCUCGACAGGUAUGCCAUCCAACCCUGGAGUUUUCACGAACUUAAAGUCUUUAAUUGCAUCCAGAAGUUCCUCCUCUGUAAUUUCACCUUCACAUUAGUCUUUCUGUAUGGCUGUUAAUUUUACAUUAUCAAUAGAAAAAAAAUCUCUACAAUUAGCUUCAGUUAGAGGAGAUGGAGGCGACUGAAACGAAAACAUAUGCUUAAAGUACUUUGUUUCCUCCUUCAAAAUAUAUUUUGGUGAAUCAUGGGUGACUCCAUCAUUUGUAACCAGUUUCAGUAAAUUCUUUUUGGUAGCAUUCCUAUGUUGAAGGUUGAAAAAUAAUUUGAUUCAUUUUUCCCCAUAUUCCAUCCAGUUUGCUUUAUUUUUUAUAAUAUAUUACACUUGAACUUUCUCAAUUUCUUUUGGUUUUUCCUCUAAUUUAUUCUGAGCCUCUAUCUUCUUUCUUUCUUUCUUUCUUUCUUUCUUUCUUUCUUUCUUUCUUUCUUUCUUUCUUUCUUUCUUUCUUUCUUUCUUUCUUUCUUUCUUUCUUUCUUUCUUUCUUUCUUUCUUUCUUUCUUUCUUUCUUUCUUUCUUUCUUUCUUUCUUUCUUUCUUUCCCUCACGCUCUCUUUCUCUCUCCCCCCUUCUUUCCACCCCUUUCUCGCGCACUCUCUAUCCCAUCUAUCUCUCAUGCUUUCUGACAGAUCCAUGUAUGUAUAGGGCUUUGCUUCCACCCCUCAACCCUAUUCAGUGAUGGAUAACCUCAUGAAAUCAUUGCCUAAUUUGUACCACCCUUCAGAUUCCCCCCUCCCCUCCAUAGCCCUGGAGAGAUGAUGACCUCAUAACAUAAAUAGAAACUUGCACUUGUCUUUCCCUACUAGCACUGACUUUGAUGAUAACUUCUUUGUUGAGGAAACAUUUACUUACUUUGACUGUGAUAUGUGGUUGUCCCACGUAGCUAUCUCAAGAUGAAGGCACUAACUGUAAGGUGCUCUGGAUAAGAGCGUCUGCUGAAUUACUAAAAUGUUCCAAUGUGUUAUUCAGCUUUUGUCUCCCCCUAGUGGUGGAGGGGCUCUACGACACUGCUCCCCACACCUCAGAGGUCUGAAGGGGUCUGGGAUUCCAUGCUGCUGGAUUGAGGCUGUGUGUGUGUGUGUGUGUGUGUAUGUGUAUGUUAAUGUGUGUGUUGUGUGUUGCAGGUGCGACGGCGCAGUAAGGCGUGCAGGGCCGACCUGAGGGAGGAGGAUGAAUUGAUUGCCAUCGGCGACCAUGUCUGUGCAGAGCUCAACCACGCUCAGGCCAUGAUGCUCAUCGACUCCCAUCGACACACACUCAACCUCAGGGUCAAGAGGUCAGAGCACACACAUACACUCAACCUCAGGGUCAAGAGGUCAGAGCACACACAUACACUCAACCUCAGGGUCAAAAGGUCAGAGCAUACAGUGCAUUCGGAAAGUAUUCAGACCCCUUGACUUUUUCCACAUUUUGUUACGUUACAGCCUUAUUCUAAAAUUGAUUAAAUAAAAACAAAUUCUCAUCAAUCUACACACAAUAGCCAAUAACAACAUUUACAUAAGUAUUCAGAUCCUUUACUUAGUACUUUGUUGAAGCACCUUUGGCAGCAAUUACGGCCUUGAAUCUUCUUGUCUAUGACGCUACAAGCUUGGCACACCUGUAUUUGGGGAGUUUCUCCCAUUCUUCUCUGCAGAUCCUCUCAAGCUCUGUCAGGUUGGAUGGGGAGCAUUGCUGCACAGCUAUUUUCAGGUCUCUCCAGAGAUGUUCGAUCGGGUUCAAGUCCGGGCUCUGGUUGAGCCACUCAAGGACAUUCAGAGACUUGUCCCUAAGCCACUCCUGCAUUGUCUUGGCUGUGUGCUUAGGGUCAUUGUCCUGUUGGAAGGUGAACCUUUGCCCCAGUCUGAGGUCCUGAGCACUCUGGAGCAGGUUUUCAUCAAGGAACUCUCUGUACUUUGCUCCGUUCAUCUUUCCCUCGAUCCUGACUAGUCUCCCAGUCCCUACCGCUGAAAAACAUCCCCACAGCAUGAUGCUGCCACCACCAUGCUUCACCGUAGGGAUGGUGCCAGGUUUCCUCAAGACGUGACACUUGGCAUUCAGGCCAAAGAGUUCAAUCUUGGUUUCAUCAGACCAGAGAAUCUUGUUUCUCAUGGUCUGAGAGUCCUUUAGGUGCCUUUUGGCAAACUCUAAGCUGGCUGUCAUGUGCCUUUUACUGAGGAGUGGCUUCCGUCUGGCCACUCUACCAUAAAGGCCUGAUUGGUGGAGUGCUGCAGAGAUGGUUGUCCUUCUGGAAGGUUCUCCCAUCUCCACAGAGGAACUCUGGAGCUCUGUCAGAGUGACCAUCGGGGUCUUGGUCACCUCCCAGACCAAGGCCCUUCUCCCCCUAUUUAUCAGUUUGGCCGGGCGGCCAGCUCUAGGAAGAGUCUUGGUGAUUCCAAUCUUCUUCCAUUUAAGAACGAUGGAGGCCGCUGUGUUCUUGGGAACCUUCAAUGCUGCCGAUAUUUUUUGGUACCAUUCGCAAGAUCUGUGCCUCGACACAAUCCUGUCUCGGAGCUCUAUAGACAAUUCCUUCGACCUCAUGGCUUGGUUUUUGCUCUGACAUGCACUGUCAACUAUGGAACCUUAUAUAGACAGGUGUGUGCCUUUCCAAAUCAUGUCCAAUCAAUUGAAUUCACCACAGGUGGACUCCAAUCAAGUUGUAGAAACAUCUCAAGGAUGAUCAAUGGAAACAGGAUGCACCUGAGCUCAAUUUCAAGUAUCAUAGCAAAGGGUCUGAAUACUUACAAGGUAUUUAAGUUUUUUAUUUUUAAUACAUUUGCAAAAAUUUCCAGAAACCUGUUUUCGCUUUGUCAUUAUGGGAUAUUGUAUUGAUGAGAUUUUCUUUUUUUAAAUCCAUUUUAAAAUAAGGUUGUAACAUAAACAAAAUGUGGAAAAAGUCAAGGGGUCUGAAUACUUUCCGAAUGCACUGUACAGACAUACACACCAGUGCAAUUCUACACAUUGCCCUGGGGCUGAGAGAAAAUGUUCAGUUUUAAAGAUCAUUUCCUGCAAUUCUACACAUUUUGCCAUGGCUUAUGCCUUGUUCUUAUGCCAUCUGAGUGACUCAAACAUUAUAGAAAAAUAUACGGAGGCCCAAUGCCAUGACAUUUUUAGAAUUUUUGAUUUUCCCUGACUGUCUAGUUUUUAGUGAUUGUUAGUUGCUCCAUUACAAUUUCUACAUCAUUUACAUCUGGUUUUAGUCAUUUUAGUUUACACUGAAAACGUUUUACCAUCCGGAAAUUUCCAGGAGGAGGAGGAUACUUCGGAGAUAAGCAGUUUUAAGCAGUGGCGGCCACGAUUUAGUUUAUGUAUGCAUCCGCGCCGCUGCGAAAUGCAUUUAGGGGAAACACUGCCACAUACACUAGACCUAUACAAGUAUACAGUAGAAUAAGCAAUGCGGAUGCAUACAUAAACACACACAGCCUGACUAUCUCUUUCUCUUUCUGCCUCCAGGUCUGGAUUCCACUCUGUGGUCCUGUCGGGUCGUACACACACAGCCACACACCCUGUUCUCUUCCCUACUGAAGGGCCGUCCUGCUUCACCCUCACCUCCCCCCCUGACAGUGAGGCCUAUUACGGAGAGACGGACAGCGAUGCGGACACACAGACACACAUACACCGCCGCCAGCGACACACACCUCCACAUGCGCGCUCUCCCGGUCACCAGCAGGAGGAAGAGGAGACUUCGGAGAUAAGCGGGUACGAGACAAGAACAAAACAGAAUCAUACCCAACCUUGUUGGUUUGUACUAUGACAUCAUCAUGACCUGCCCAAACCCUCUCUCUCUCUCCCUCCAGGUAUGAAAGCGCUCCAGAUGGAGGGCUUUCCCUGCAGUGUCCCUGGGAGCAACUACCCACACUGGGAAAUGGGGGGAUCCAACAGUGGGAGCAAUCAACAGGAUCGAGAACAGGGGGGUUUCAACCUGGAGUUCCACGCAGGGAGGUAGUCUACCAACCCAAAACCCCCCAGGCCCGGCCAGAGUGGACCCACCCAGCCCAGCCCGUCCCACACCAUGCAAAGGGGGAGCCGGUGGGGGGAGGAGAGGUGGAGGGAGAGGGAGACAGUGGGUUCCAGGAGGCAGGGGGGUGUUUGGUUAUGGCCUGCUCACCCCUGGUGUCUCCAGAGCGGGCUAAAGGAGCCAUGAUGCUGGGCUCCAGCCCACAGAUGGUUCCCAUGGUGGGCGCCCAGCUGACCCCACUCAGUGAUGAACUGUCUACUACUUACAAGGAAAAGGCCCGGCAAGCCAGUGAGUACACUAUACCAGAUACCGUACACACUGUGCACUAUACGCACUACAGCCUACACAUGAACUCUUCAGCUGCUUAGAACUGUCUCUGCUAAGCCUGUGGAUUAUCUGUGAGUGUCUGUGAGUGUCUGUGAGUGUGUGGGAGUAUAGAGUGGCUUGCAAAGGUAUUCAUCCCCCUUGGCGUUUUUCCUAUUUUGUUGCAUUACAACCUGUAAUUUAAAUGGAUUUUUAUUUGGAUUUCAUGUAAUGGACAUACACAAAAUAGUCCAAAUUGGUGAAGUGAAAUGAAAAAAAGAACUUGUUUAAAAAAAUUAUACAAAAUAAAUAACGGAAAAGUGGUGCGUGCAUAUGUAUUCAACCCCUUUGCUAUGAAGCCCCUAAAUAAGAUCUGGUGCAACCAAUUACCUUCAGAAAUCACAUAAUUAGUUAAAUAAAGUCUACCUGUGUGCAAUAUAAGUGUCACAUGAUCUGUCACAUGAUCUCAGUAUACAGUGGGAAAAAAAGUAUUUAGUCAGCCACCAAUUGUGCAAGUUCUCCCACUUAAAAAGAUGAGAGAGGCCUGUAAUUUUCAUCAUAGGUACACGUCAACUAUGACAGACAAAUUGAGAAUUUUUUUUCCAGAAAAUCACAUUGUAGGAUUUUUUAUGAAUUUAUUUGCAAAUUAUGGUGGAAAAUAAGUAUUUGGUCACCUACAAACAAGCAAGAUUUCUGGCUCUCACAGACCUGUAACUUCUUCUUUAAGAGGCUCCUCUGUCCUCCACUCGUUACCUGUAUUAAUGGCACCUGUUUGAACUUGUUAUCAGUAUAAAAGACACCUGUCCACAACCUCAAACAGUCACACUCCAAACUCCACCAUGGCCAAGACCAAAGAGCUGUCAAAGGACACCAGAAACAAAAUUGUAGACCUGCACCAGGCUGGGAAGACUGAAUCUGCAAUAGGUAAGCAGCUUGGUUUGAAGAAAUCAACUGUGGGAGCAAUUAUUACGAAAUGGAAGACAUACAAGACCACUGAUAAUCUCCCUCGAUCUGGGGCUCCACGCAAAAUCUCACCCCGUGGGGUCAAAUUGAUCACAAGAAAUGAUCACAAAUGAUCACAAGAACGGUGAGCAAAAAUCCCAGAACCACAUGGGGGGACCUAGUGAAUGACCUGCAGAGAGCUGGGACCAAAGUAACAAAGCCUACCAUCAGUAACACACUACGCCGCCAGGGACUCAAAUCCUGCAGUGCCAGACGUGUCCCCCUGCUUAAGCCAGUACAUGUCCAGGCCCGUCUGAAGUUUGCUAGAUCCAGAAGAGGAUCGGGAGAAUGUCAUAUGGUCAGAUGAAACCAAAAUAGAACUUUUUGGUAAAAACUCAACUCGUCGUGUUUGGAGGACAAAGAAUGCUGAGUUGCAUCCAAAGAACACCAUACCUACUGUGAAGCAUGGGGGUGGAAACAUCAUGCUUUGGGGCUGUUUUUCUGCAAAGGGACCAGGACGACUGAUCCGUGUAAAGGAAAGAAUGAAUGGGGCCAUGUAUUGUGAGAUUUUGAGUGAAAACCUCCUUCCAUCAGCAAGGGCAUUGAAGAUGAAACGUGGCUGGGUCUUUCAGCAUGACAAUGAUCCAAACACACCUCCUGGGCAACGAAGGAGUGGCUUCGUAAGAAGCAUUUCAUGGUCCUGGAGUGGCCUAGCCAGUCUCCAGAUCUCAACCCCAUAGAAAAUCUUUGGAGGGAGUUGAAAGUCUGUGUUGCCCAGCGAAAGCCCCAAAACAUCACUGCUCUAGAGGAGAUCUGCAUGGAGGAAUGGGCCAAAAUACCAGCAACAGUGUGUGAAAACCUUGUGAAGACUUACAGAAAACGUUUGACCUGUGUCAUUGCCAACAAAAAAUAUAUAUAACAAAGUAUUGAGAAACUUUUGUUAUUGACCAAAUACUUAUUUUCCACCAUAAUUUGCAAAUAAAUUCAUAAAAAAUCCUACAACAUGAUUUUCUGGAUUUUCUUUCUCAUUUUGUCUGUCAUAGUUGACGUGUACCUAUGAUGAAAAUUACAGGCCUCUCUCAUCUUUUUAAGUGGGAGAACUUGCACAAUUGGUGGCUGACUAAAUACUUUUUCCCCCACUGUAUAUACACCUGUUCUGAAAGGCCCCAGAGUCUGCAACACCACUAAGCAAGGGGCACCAUGAAGACCAAGGAGCUUUCCAAACAGGUCAGGGACAAAGUUGUGGAGAAGUACAGGUCAGGGUUGGGUUAUAAAAAAUAUCUGACACUUUGAACAUCCCACGGAGCACCAUUAAAUCCAUUAUUAAAAAAUUGAAAGAACAUGGCACCACAACAAACCUGCCAAGAGAGGGCCGCCCACCAAAACUCACGGACCAGGCAAGGAGGGCAUUAAUCAGAGAGGCAACAAAGAGACCAAAGAUAACCCCGAAGGAGCUGCAAAGCUUCACAGCGGAGAUUGGAGUAUCUGUCCAUAGGACCACUUUAAGCCGUACACUCCACAGAGCUGGGCUUUACGGAAGAGUGGCCAGAAAAAAAAGCCAUUGCUUAAAGAAGAAAAUAAACAAACACGUUUGGUGUUCGCCAAAAGCCAUGUGGGAGACUCUCCAAACAUAUGGAAGAAGGUACUCUGGUCAGAUGGGACUAAAAAUGAGCUUUUUGGCCAUCAAGGAAAAUGCUAUGUCUGGCGCAAACCCAAACACCUCUCAUCACCCCGAGAACACCAUCCCCACAGUGAAGCAUGGUGGUGGCAGCAUCAUGCUGUGGGGAUGGUUUUCAUCGGCAGGGACUGGGAAACUGGUCAGAAUUGAAGGAACGAUGGAUGGCGUUAAAUACAAUCCAAUUGAGAAUCUGUGGUAUGACUUAAAGAUUGCUGUACACCAGCGGAACCCAUCCAACUUGAAGGAGCUGGAGCAGUUUUGCAAAGAUUAUAGAGACAUUCCCCAAGAGAAUUGCAGCUGUAAUUGCUGCAAAAGUUGGCUCUAGAAAGUAUUGACUUUGGGGGGUGAAUAGUUAUGCACGCUCAAGUUUUCUGUUUUGUUGUCUUAUUUCGCAUCUUCAAAGUGGUAGGCAUGUUGUGUAAAUCAAACGAUAUAAACCCCCCCAAAAAUCCAUUUUAAUUCCAGGUUGUAAGGCAACAAAAUAGGAAGAAUGCCAAGGGGGGGUGAAUACUUUCGCAAGUCACUGUACUGUGUCUGUGAGAGAGGGGGAUAUUUCCAGCUGCUUUCUAUCCCAUGAAUAAAAACCUUCAUCUCCUGUUCCUGUUCCCUCCCCCCUAGUCUCUCCUGUCAGUAUUCUAAGCCCUGGUCUCAUCCAGAGUAUUUAUAGUGGGACAGCUAGCAUUCCCCUCUGGCCUUGACAGACACACGGACACAACUGACCUCACAUUUAGUGAUCCACACAGCUGAAUAUGCAAUGGCGGAUGGGAGGGGAGGGAGCGGCAUACAUGAUCAAUUAUACCCUAUUCAUUUCAAUCUGUAAAUCAGGUUUCAAAGAUACCCGAUGUCAAAAAUGGCAUUCUUCCCAUGCAGCUAGACAUACGUAUCUGACUACAUGAAUCUAUGAACUCAUGAAUUAUGUAACUUUCCUCACACCUGUCUAUCUCACUCUGAACUAUAACAGCUGAUGGUAAUCCCUGGCACGAUGUUAGCCUGCUGAGCUAAAGCCUAGGCAUAAGCUUGAGGUGCUAAUGCAAGUCUUCAGGUUUCAGGCAAGGUUACAUCUUGGCCAGAGAGACAAUAGUGACAGACUGUUGACUGAGGGGACAGUAGAACUGCCCUUCCUCACAUUACACGCACACACGCGCACACACGCACACACACACACACACACACACACACACACACACACACACACACACACACACACACACACACACACACACACACACACAUACAGUACAUACACUGGUGGGGAUUAGAGGAAAGGGGUGUGUGUGUUAUGGGAUUGCAUGGUUUGAGGUGUCAGUAACAGUUCUUGAUGACCUAGAACAACACAAACACACAGCCAACUCUGGAGCAUUUACAAGGUUGUUGUGUGGAAAAUCUUUGCGGAGUGGGUGAAGUACAGGGGAGAACCCAGUGGACAGUGUGUGUUUGUGUGUGUGUGUCUGUGUGUGUGUGUGUGUGUGUGUGUGAGCGUGCACAUGCGCAUGUGUGUGAGCCCAGACAAGUGUGGGAUAUCUGUCAGACAGACAUGAAUAGGGGGAUGACAUCAUGUGUUGGUUUGGGAUAGAAAAAGACAGAGAGAGAAUGAGAGAGUGACACAAAAGAGGACAGUGGGGGGAAGAGAGGAGAGAGAGGAGAGAGAGGAGAGAGAGGAGACAGAGCUACCAUCCUACCUAGAGUACAACUGGUCACUUUCCACCUGCCUGAGAAUGUGUGUGUGAGGGUUCAGAGAACACACACUUGGAGACAUGAGGAACUUCACAUCUUCAACGGGUUCGGACCCUGAUGAACACCCUGUUAUUCACACUGUCUACGCAGGUAAGACACACACACACACACACACACACACACACACACACACACACACACACACACACACACACACACACACACUGGAGGUGCUGACGGUGUGGUAGGAUGCUGUUACUGGACUGGAGACUGAGUUUUAUGCUGAUGGUUCCGGGUGUUUUUAGUGAGGAAUUAAAUCUGUUUGAUGAUGGUGGGUAAUAUUGCUGGUUGGGUAAUAUUGCUGGUUGGGUAAUAUUGCUGGUUGCUGCUGGUCGACUCUGUUGUUGUGUUUCUGCCUGUCAGGGCAGCUGUGUGUCUCUCCUGCCCUGUACAUUUAUUCUGAGUUACUGAUGUUGACUGAUGUCAUCUAAUCUGUGGUUAGAAACUGAUCAUUCUCUCCAGAUAGAAGCAUAAUAAUAAUAAUAUUAAUAAUAAUAAUAAUAAUUAUUAUUAUUAAUAUUAUAAUUAUUAUAAUUAUUAUUAUUAUUAUGAGGUUUCAGUUAGACUGUGAUUCCUGUCACUGUUUGAGUAGAUGCACCAGCCUCAUAGACGCCUCACCAAAUCCUCUGAUCCCUUCACUGGUGUGUGUGUGUGUGUGUGUGUGUGUGUGUGUGUGUGUGUGUGUGUGUGUGUGUGUGUGUGUGUGUGGCUGUUAGUCAUGCUAGCAGUAUUUGUGUGAGGCUAUUUCUGAGGGCUGAGUUCAUUUAUAAAACGGCAGAAAUAUCUCCAUCUCAUACACCAAAUGCAGACACGGAUAUGGAGACAGACAGUCUAAAUGGUCGCUGCUCAACUGGGGAGUAGGGGGAAUUCAGAGCUUGGAGCCCCCAGCACACUCUCCUGUCUGUCAGGGUUGACCCCUGCCCACCCCUCACUGGCUGAUGGUGUCACCCAUCAUGGUGUCAUCAUGGAUUUGAGUGACAUUCCAGAUGCUAUGAUGUCAUUCUGUCAAUCACUCCCAAACAGGCUUUUAUGUUUCUAACCAGACCUUUCUUAUUCAUUACAGUUACUUAUGAAAUCCUCUGUUCUCUCUUUCUCUCUCCCCCACUCCUCCCCCCUCCUCCCAUCCCUCCCCCUGUCUACCAGAGCUGCAGAGAGGAGAUAAUGUGGUAGAUAGGCAGGUGAAAGAGGCUCGUACUAAAUGUCGUUCGAUCGCUUCUCUGCUCACCGACGCUCCGAACUCCAACUCUAAAGGAGUUCUCAUGUUCAAGAAGAGACGCCAGCGUGCCAAGAAGUACACCCUCACCUGUUUCGGCCGUGCGGAGGGGGAGAUGGGUCCUGAGACCGGUGGAGAGACGGAGGGAGAGGAGGAGGAGGGGAGUUCCUUCCCCUCGGGUUCAGAGGUGGAUGAAGAGGGCUUCGCUGGAACCUUUGACCCCACCUGGGACAGCGGAUACCUGGACAUGCUGGAUAGGAGGAGCUCUGCCUGCCCAUCCACCUAUAACUCAAUGCCCCAAAUACCAACCAAUCAGAGCUCAGGGUUGGAUUCCUUGGCCUAUCAGAGCCCAGAGAUGAAUAUGUCAUUCAAUCAGGGGUCUGGGAUGAAUGCCCCAGCCUAUCAGAGCCCAGGGCUGGACUCCAUAGCCUAUCAGAGCAAAGAGACGGAGCAAUAUGAGCAGCAAAGGAAAAUGGCCGCCCCUGUCACCUAUAACUCUGCCCCUAACACCCCCCCGGCUACAGGUUUGUCCAAUGGGGGCUCAGCAGGGGUGAGUCGGGCCAGUGUGGUUCUGACUCCCCCCUCUCACACCCCUAUCCCCCCCCAGCCUGACCUAAAUCUUAACCCUAACCUGCCUGGGGGGAUCCACAACCGCACAGCACGCCCCUUCACCUCAGGCCUUGCCCCAUCUCGCCCCCCCGCCACCCCUGUCAACUUCCGUCCCGUCCAGCCCACUCCUGCCAUAACAAUGGUUUCCAAACCCACUGCUGCGGUAUCCAUGGUAACCAUCACCCCCCCUCGCCCUUCAGGGGGGCCCGAGGCCAGGAGAGCAGUCUCCAGUACCUCCCUCUACAUCCCCCCUAGACCUGCUGCAUCCAUCCUGUCUCCUCCUCCCUCUGUCCUCUCUCCUCCUCUUGUUCUCUCUCCUCCAUCCUCUCCAACCCGCACUAUCUCUCAACCUUUCCCUUCUCCCUCUGUCCAUACUGUCACCUUCUCUCCCUCUUCUGCCCCCUGUUCUCAUUCUCAUUAUCCUCCUCAACCCACCCAACACUUCUGCUCCUUGACUGCUCCUCAACCUUUCUCUCCUCCUCCUCCUGCCCCCACUCAACACUUCUCUGCUCCUGCUAGUCAACCUUUCUCCCCUCCUCCUCAUGCCCCAGUCUAUCCAUCCUCUGAUGUGGCUGCCCAGCCCUUCUCUCCUUCUUCUUACAACCAACCCUUUUCUCCUUCCUCUGCCACACCUUACUCUCCCCCCCUUGCUCAGACCCAACCCCCUCCUCCCUUAACCUUCAACCCCUAUGUCUCUAUGACAACCCCUGCCAUGGUGACCCCCUCCACUGCCCAGACCCCUGCAUCUGAUUCAUUGUCGUCCCGUGAGCAGCGUAUCGCCGUCCCUGCCUCCAGAACAGGCAUCCUCGCAGAGGCGCGUCAUCGCAGCAACAAGAAGCCCAUGUUCCGUCCUUCUGUGGAGAACAAGAAGGACGUGUCUCCCAACCCGGCCCUGCUGGAGCUGCUCCAAAACCCAGACGCACCGGCCAGGAUAGGCCCAGGCCCCAUGGGGCCUAGUGGAGGAGUUAGUUGGGAGGCUGGAGGUGAGUCAGGCCCUGAAGAGGACUGGUUGAAGCUGGGGGCCGAGGCCUGUAACUUCAUGCAGGCCCAGAGAGGCUCCAAGCCCCCUCCUGUGGCCCCUAAACCCCAGCCUCCUCCACAGGUACCCCAGCUAGCAGGGAAGGGGGGUCAGCUGUUCGCCCGUAGGCAGAGCAGGAUGGAUCGCUAUGUGGUGGAGACCCCCUCCUCACCCCAACCCUGUCCCAACCACCCCCGCCAGCCCUCUCCCACACCCUCCCUCCCCUCUCAAUUCAAAUACUCCUCCAGCUGCAGAGCCCCCCCUCCAAUCAACUACAACCCCCUCCUCUCUCCCUCCUGCCCUCCCCAGGCUCAGCGCCAGAGGGUGGGGGUAGCAGGACAGGGUGGGGUUUCAGCGGGGCAUAAAGCCGCCCCUGGGGGUCAGAAGGCUCAAGGCAUCAAGGCUCUGGACUUCAUGAGUCACCAGCCCUACCAGCUAAACUCCUCCCUCUUCAGCUAUGGGGGUGGGACUCCCCAGGGGCAAAACAAGAUGCCGUGUGUGUAUGAGGUCAAGCGCUUCUCCACGCCACCUCCCACAGGCCCCGUCCCUACUGUCAUCAUCCCACGGUCAGCGACCACAUUAGGAGAACCGAUGUGGAGGUCUGAUGUCAUUUCCCUUCCGCCAACAGCCACUUCCUGCUACCAAUUCCCCACUACCCCCCCCUACCAGCCUCAGCCCCAGUGGGUCCCUCCUCCUCCAGCGCCCACCGCCCCACUCCCGCAGCUCCCUAGCUUCUCUUCUGCCCAUGUCCCUAACCCUCACCCCUACCCCUCCCAGCCCCACGCCCCCCAACAAGGCAACAGUCAGUUUAAGAGUGCCCCUGAUCUGAGCCCUCUGGCCCACACCCCACCUCGCCCAGCCUCCACCCAGCCCUCCAGAGUGCCUCGCCCCAGAUUCAGCACCUCUAACCUGGGUCUGCAACCUAGC